CGGAACCGUCGACGACGAAGAAGCGGCGCGGCAUGUCAAGCUUACGGCGACGCCGGCCCUUCGGUGUCGGUGGGCUUGGAGGCGAUGCUUGAAAGACAUGUCACGGUACACGCCGGGCGGCCGUUCGUACCGGGGUUACUCGCCUCAGGAGUACCUCGACCAGGCCUACAUUCAGCCGGGCUACCGUUACGCCCCGCAGCAAGCAGAUUACUUUCAGCAAGGCCCGUCAAACUACAGCCGCCAAGUCAACGCCGCGCCUGGACCUUCGCAGCAGAAAAGGGCCAUCCUGAAGCCGUCGGGCAGCUUUGAGAGCAGGGUGAGCGCACAAGACCUCAAGUGGGACGAACAAAACAUCAAAGAGACCUUUCACCCAAAGAACAAGGACUAUGGCUUCAUGAUUGUCGAUGAGCCCAAGACACCUUACAACUACGACACGGCCACUGACCCGGGAGGUGUCAACCCUCAAGCAGUAGCUCAAAAAAUACAGUCAGCUACAUCAAUGGAGCCCAGUGCACUCACCCCUGCAGUUAUUGUGUCGGAAGAUCAAAAGAAGGCGGAGGAAGCGGCAAGAGCGGAGAGGCACAGGAAGUUCGAGGAGAGGCGCAAGAAACAUUACCACAUGGAACGAUUUAUGCCUCCGGAGAACACUGGGGAGAACGACGACGAUGAAACAGAUGAUAGCGAAGACUGACGUUGCUUGUGGCAUAAGCCAUGCAGAACUUGCUUGUUGGCUGGUGCCAUGCACACCAGCACAGCUCACGGAUCGCUGCCCAUUCGUCUGGCCACGCCAUGGUGUUCCGUGCUCGAACUGCUCGGCGUCAAAUUUUUCUCGUUUGCCAUUGGUGGCACAUUGUCUUUAGUGACAGCUGUGUCGUAAGCCCACAAAAAUUCCCUUCGAGCCCUCGGCGUGUCGAACAUGCCUGCUGCUUUUAGGGAAAAGGUGGAACUGUGCUAAGUUAUUAUAUUUUUUUGCGGAUCCUCGCCGCACCUGCUAGUUAAUGUACAAUCGUAAAUCAAUUUUUUUUUCCCUCGGACGCAGCGCUUGUAUAGUGCUUUCUGUAUGCUUCCAUCCCUCAUUCCCCCCCCCCCCCCCCCCCCCUUUUUUUUUCUCCUGCCCAUCUCCGAUACUGGACUCCUCUGGCAAGCUUGGGACACGCACAGACAGCACAGAAAAUGUGCAGUUCUGCAUUGUGUGCACUACAAGGAAGUUAGUCAAGUGUCGCCUCCUGGUGUUGUGUGGGUGAGACGGUGUGCUGCCACCAAGUGAGAGCCACUGCAACUGCAUCUGGUCAGCGGCGAGUCAAAGUUGUCCUAAACGGCGGCCAGUAUGUUCUGCUUUGGGUGAUGAACUCUCUCGUGUGCGACGGCACCGGCAUGUGGGGGAGGCUUUGCGUGCUCGUAGGAGUCCCUGUGAUUGUGAUCCCCGGUCAUUAAAUGAUGCUGCAGAAUUGUCCCAGUG